AUAGAUGUAGAUGUCUAUUUUUAGUGCGAUAUUUUUAUAGUUUUCGUAAAUAACAUGUUGUUUGGUCACGCUUUAAACAAUGGAGUAGGGAUUCCAAACAUUGGACGUAAGUGUUUCCAUGUCAAUUUUUAUGACUUUUUAUGUAAUAAUUAUUUGAACAUAAAAUAUAAGCCUAAGACUUACCUUUAUUUUGGCACUGCACAUAAGUCAGAUCUAGAAUUCAAACAGACCUUUGAAAAACUCAUCACCGCCAUGCAUCAAUAACCCAAAUGGACUAAUCUGGCCAGCUCAAGCCUGUUCUGACAAUGGUAAUUUCUUGUACUGUUUUUAUGGGUGCUUUAAAUUACUAGUAAUGAGAGAUUUUCUUCAGUUGGAACGUUUCAGAUGAAAUCAGUGGCUGAAGAUGAUGUAAUUUACAGAACAAUCAAUAGCGCAUUGCAGUGUGGCUGCAGACUUAUAGGUAAGAGAAGUCAAGUUCACUGCAGACUGUUUGCAAAACUUAAAAGUGUCUUAUAAGGUAGUCAAUGCAUACGGUAUUACCCUGUGGGAAGGCGGGUAGGUACUGCCAUAUACAGCUAUUUCGAGAAAGGUUGUCGGAAAAAAUGUGCAUGUGACAAUCCCGAAAGGUAAUCAGGUGCGGAUCCACACCGGUUUCCACCGUUUUACGGAAAUCGGUCACAUUUUUCAUAUUAAAUAUAUUUAUCAAAAUAAAAACACUUUGUAAGUUGAAAUCUGGCCAAUAUCCCAUCUGAAUGACUUGGAAAUCCAGGAAAGGGGACUUUAAGGAGUAAAAAUCCAAAUAAUUUCUUGGGGGAGCCACCCCCCAGACCCCGCUAAAAGCUGGUGCCUUCCGCGCUCAUUUAGGAAAUCUGUCAGUAUUUAUCCUAGAUCCGCGCCUGGUAAUAUGGGAUAUGUCCAAUACACUGUUCCUGACACUGUAGCUGUUGAACCUACUUUUGUUGCUUUCCUUUAGCACUUGCAGACAUAUGUCCAUGACCUCUCCUGCCAUUCUUUGAAAUUUCUUUGAAAAACAGUGCACUCAAAACCACCCACAAUACCUUUUGGGGCUGUUGUGUGCACUUUAUCCGACAACCUUUCUCGAAAUAGCUGUAUAGGCUAUAUACAUACCUGCCAACCCCCGGAGUACAAAAUCUGGAGAUGUCUAGAAAUCUUCAACAAUGUCUGAAUACUCUCCGAAAAUCACCCGAAGGCCUUUCUUAUGUUCCCAACAUCAAUAACAGCGAGUGAAAAACCACGUCAACUUUCUACCAAGUAUUGUGCAAUUUGAUUGGUUGAUUUCUGACCAAUUACAAUACUCGUUAAAUAUACAUCAAUUUGAUUGCUCUGUUUUACAUUUUCUAAUCAAGAACAGCUCAAAUAAGAGAACUAAAUUCACUUCUUGUUUCAUUUUCCUUUUUGACAUCUCAAAAAAAACAAAAUUAAUGAAAAAAUUCUGAAAAAGGUCACGGUAGGUAUUUCCCCGGGAGAUUUGGUGCUCUAACUGGGAGACCGGGAGAUCUGAUGAAAAACUUGGAGACUCCUGGGAAAACCGGGAGAGUUGACAGGUGUGUAUAUAGGUAUAUGCUGCUGUAAAGGGUAUGGUUUAGAUUUAGGUUUACUUGCAACUCAUUAAGCUUUUGUUUUGGCUCGACUGUGCUGCUAACCUCAGUACUUUUUGAAAAAUAGCAACUCUAGGAUAGGCCAUAGGAAGGUAUUUUGGGAGUUUAGUCUAGUAAAGGGCAGCAAAGUUCAGGUGGGCUAGGUCCAGUAUAGGCCAGGGGUUUCACGGUCUCAGCAGCUCAUCCCUAUCCAAGAAUUCUUAAGGCACCUCUGGCAGGGACAUUUUACAUUAGUGACAUGAUUCUUGAGUACUCAUUAAUCAGGGGCUAUGGUCUGUGACAGCAUUGACAAAGGUUUCAAAUUAUGGCAUAAUGAUGACACAAUGUGUUUUUUCUGGUACUCGCCCACAUUUUCCAAGAAAUUUCACCAGAAAUGGACAUAUAGACAACAAUUUCCAUUGUCUAGACUCCUAAUGGCAAUAGAAAUGUGUUGUUUCAGUAAAUAUCCAUACUGCUUACACAGUGGUUUUUUUUUUAUCCUGCAGCUUCUUUGAAAUUCCAGUCUAGCUUCAUACUUUCCAUUAAAAAGUUUGGUCCUCAAGACCCCACGUUUGUCUUAAGCACUUAUAGGCACUGAGAUGUUUUAUGUACAAAGGGAAACAGUGUAACAGAACUUGUCAUACAGUCGACUCCCGGUAACUUGAACCCUCCAUAACUCGAACCUCCCAUUAACUCGAAGUGAUUUUCAUUUCCCUUCAGAUCAUUUUCCACAUAAUUUUACCCUCGAUAACUCAAACUCCCGAUAACUCGAACUUUUUUCUAUUUCCCUUGAGGGUUCGAGUUAUCGGGAGUCGCCUGUAUUUCCUGAAGCCUUUUCAACAACAACAAAAGAAGAAGUGACAAUAACAAAAUAUUAAUUUCUCGUUAUCAUAUUGUAGUCUCAUGCACAAUGAGUUAAGGCUUUGAGUCUUGAUUAUUUUUUGCUUGCUGUAAACAGACACAGCUGCUGUUUAUCGGAAUGAAGCAGAUAUUGGACGUGCACUAAAAGAGCUUCUACCAAAGUAUGGACUUUCCAGACAAGAUGUCUUCAUAACAAGCAAACUGUGUGAGUCUUUGGAAUUUCUCUAAUGUGUUAUUAAUAUGACAAGUUUUGGCCUGUAUCUUAAGUUAUUGCCUUUAUUAGCCAAACAAAAUGGCUUUCUAAAGUCAAACGUUUCGUUAUUUUGCACUGACAUGUCUCUAUUGUAGACAUUUUUGUUGGUCCCAAAGCUCCUAGAGGUCAUGCAUACAUGUACCUCUAUUCACAGUCACCUUUUGACACUUUCUCUUCCAAAAGUGGCCAAAGUUAAAACUUGACAAAGUUUCCAGAUUUCUUUUCAAAAAGAUUCCAAAAAAUAUUAAUUUGAGGAGAGGUGGCCUUUAAAUGGUCACACAAUAGGAUUUCAUCCACUGACUCAAAAGUUAGAAUGCAAACAAUUGUUGAUUAUGAGUGACAAAAAGUGUUAGCACUGGUUUGGAUUUUGUGAUUUCAAGACUCACCAUAAGUUAUGACAACAGAGUAGGUUAAUUUAAUGACAAUACAACUUUAUUGACUUUAUCUUUAACAUGUAAGAUUUCAGUACCAAGAGAAUCAAUAUAUUAAUUACAAAUGAAACAAAGUAAAAUAAAAGUUAAGUAAGAAAGAAAGUAACAACAACUAUCUAUUGAAUAUUAACAUAAAAAGAAAAAUUACUUGGCUAUGUACGGCUUCUAUGCUAAUAAAAAUGUGUAACUUUUAUUUGCAUCUGUGGAUAUAUUUUUUCUUAUCUUUGUGUAAGAAAUACCCUGCGAGCAGAUCAGGCCCUUUGAUCUUCAUAGAGCCCCGAGGCUUUUAGUUACUCAAUAUUAUUAAUGAAAGUCUUUUUUAAUACCCGCUUCAAAUGACUUUCAAUGAGUAUCCCAACCCUGAGUACAUUAAGAACUUUAGCAAUCCAAUGACACAAUGGCAACGAGAAUGUCAAAAAAACAAUAGGUUUGAUAAGCAAAACAACAACUUUGCAUAUGCAUCACACGUUUUUGUACAUUUCUUUGCUGCUUUGUCACUACUGUGGCAAAGCCCAAUUUUGCAUUUUAUGGAGAACGUAAACUAGCAACAAUGCAAUUUAUUUCUCUUUCUGAACUUGGAUAUGGCCCCUUGGAAUUUUACUUCUUAUAAGAGGGUUUGCCUAUAUAUCUGACAAAGGAAGUGGUUAGGAAUAAUCAAAAUAAAGACUGAAAGAAUGAAAAUUUACUUUUUAACCAAUGUUCUCAUUGCUAUUGCAUCGUUGGAUGUUUUAAAAAGUCCCCAUUACCCUUGAAUAAAUUCCGCAUUGAUCUGUGUCUAAAAGCUUUAGAAACAGGCUGUUAUGACUUCAUUGGCAAUCUUCAAAUUAUAUUUGCUUGAACUCUUAAAAAAUAUUUCACAUAUAUUAUGGUAUUUUUUUGUUGUUCUUCUCCUCAGCCCCUAGAGACCAUGGAUUUGAUAGUGCAGAGGCAGCUUGUAUGAAGUCUCUAGAAGCUUUAGACUGUGAAUAUCUUGACUUGUAUCUCAUUCACUGGCCUGGUGUACAAAAGCUGAAAAGGGAAGAUCCAAACAAUUCUGAACUUAGAAAGGGAAGCUGGCUAGCACUAGAGAAGCUUUAUAAAGCAGGUUAUUUAUUUUAAUAGACCCUUCCACAUUUUUUUUCAAUUUUUGAUCUGGACCAGUUAGCGAAAAAUCCAUCAAGACAGGUGAGAAGCUCACUUUAAAAUUAGUAAAGAUGCCAAGUUUGAACAUGAUAUGUUGAAAAUUAGUAACAAAGAUAUAGCUCCACAAAGUCGCCAAAUUCUACAGACAUUUGCCUAUAGUUUGCCUAUAAGUUAAUGUACCCUCUAUACAAACUAUUUUACAUCAUUCUGUACAAUUUUUGCCACUUUGUGAAUUAGCUAUUCAACGUAUCACACUUGAACUUGGUGAGUUACUCUUUCUGGCAGUGUCAAUGGAUAUUUGCUAACUGGUCUUAUUAAAAACUGAAUCAUUGGAUAAUGCAAUUCUAGAGCUCUGAUUGGCUUAGCCAUCAUGGUGUAUGAGCCAUUAUACCAUGAUCUCUAAAUAUGGUGUGAAGUGUACUCGUCUGCUCAAAAUUUAAAAUAAGCUGAAAAUCGGUUGUUUUUCCAAAUAAAGUCAGGAAGAAUUCUUGAUAUUUUGUGGGCAUUUUUAAUAAAACAAUAUUAUUCUGCUCACACUUGUUGGAUAUGAGAUGAUUACUGGCUAUCUACUAUCUCAUAUCCAACACGCACUCGUGGUAGACGGAUCUAUUCUCAACUCAGAAAACGCGCAUGGAUUUCAGACACCCUAAAAAUAAUCCCCCAUCCCCCAGCCCCUCUAAAAAAAGUUGGUCUAUAAAGUAAAAAGUAAGUCUAUGUGAUGAUCUCAUUCUGCAUGGGUCUCCUUCAGGUUUACUUAGAAGUAUCGGUGUAUCAAACUACACAGUUGCCCACUUGGAAGAGAUGUUACAGUAUGCUACUGUUGUUCCUGCUGUACUGCAGGUGACGUUAGUUAUAAUGUUUCUUCUCUUUUAUGCAGUAGUGUCUGUUUGCUUCUUUGUAUAAUCUGGUGGUAUAGGACUUCAGAAGCCCAAGAACAGCUAUUAUUCAAAGAGCAACAUUCAUUCAGGAAGGGGCAAUUUCUUACAUGUUUUAUAAAGUCACUGAAACUGAAACUAUUAAUGCAUUACAAAAUAUAAUUGUUGGCAAUUUUUAAAGGCAACAUUCAGAGAAUCUCUGGGUACAUAUCGUGGUAUGUGUACUUUCUUUACAGGUUUGUGUUUUUUGUUUUAAUUUCAGUUUAUUAAAGAAUUAAGCAUGAUAUUGUCUGCAUUAACUUAAAAGAAAAAUGCAAUGCCCAGUACACUUUUUCUCCUCAAGUUCAAAUUCAUAGCUUGUUCUUUGUCUGCAUUCACUCACAGUUUAUUGAUUUGACUAUCAUAGAUAACUUCUGUACUGGUAUCCCUAUGUAGCCAUCUAUUAUUUUCUAUUAUUUAACAACUCAAGUGUUUUAAACUGUAGGUAGAGUUUCACCCAAGACUUUUCCAGAAAGGGUUGCUUGAGUACUGCCAAAGGAAAGGAAUAUGGCUACAAGCCUAUACUUCAUUAGGCCAAGGAAAGGUAUGUUACAACCAAGAUGAAGUCUUCGAUUCAGUGGGUUUCUAGUGUGGGACUAAUACAUGUAGUUGAGAGAUUCAUUGCAUUUAAUAACUGAAAUCAUGACCUUAUGGUUUUUGGAAGUGUAUGGAUACUCACCAAAUGAGCUAGUGCAAGACUUGAAAAAGUCUUAAAUUACAGCAUGUUUAUAGGACAAGCAGCUCUCAAAUUUGCUUGCCUAGGACCAUUGCAUCCUUGUCUAAGUUUUUGAUGUAGUUAGAAGAUGACUUGACUAGACCUUGGCCCUUCAGUCAAGUAAGCAUGAAAAUUGCUUACUUGGCUGAAAGGAAAAUCGGCUUGAGGUGGAUUAACGGAGGACACUGUUUUCAAGCCUUUUUUUUUUCAAUAGACACUGAGCUACAAUACUCGUCAAAAAUCUUGAAACACUUGUAUGCAUUUCUCCUUCCCCAAUGUUGAUUUGGGUAUUAUAGUCGUCUCAGUGCUCCAAAAUACGCAUGACUCAACACUGGGGAAGAAGUGGGGCACAUUUGAGUGAGAACAAAGGCGUGGAGAGUGAAUGUAAGAACGUUUCGAGAAAAUUCAGGAAUACCCAACGUCAAUUUUCGGAAAAUUAUCUGUUCGAAAGACGAUUUGAGAUCUAGAAUUUUCAGAACAUUUGUUGUAAAAUUUCUUGUUUGCCUGCCUCUCCUAGGAUUUUCGAACGUCUCAAAAAUGGUAUAAUUGCCCAUUUUUAACGGAUUUUUACCCUAAAAAGGUCACCUAGAACUUUCGGGAGCCUUUUUUCUGGCUGAAAUUUUCCAAAAAGUAAGUUUUGAUCCCUAUGAUUUUCGGAUCACUAGACUUUCAGCUAGGAAACCCGAACAGAUGAAAAACUUUUGUUGGAUAGAAAUAUGCCUAUAUCUACCGUUUAAAUACUAAAAUACGUUUAACAAUGUUAUGUUUAAGUGGUUUUGAACUAUAUUCUCGUUGGGUGCCCCUGAACAUGCAAGAGAAACGGUUCCUGUUUCAACGAUUUGUGAUGAGUAGGCCUUUACCGGGUUAGGCCUUUACCUAGAUGGUUCAUGUCAUCACCAUGUCCAAAAUAGUGCUAGGACCAUUAUGGGUCCCUUGUUGGUGUCUUUAGAUGACUUGACCUAUGAACAACAAUCUCAUCUUAAAUUCCUCUUUUUUUUUGGGGGAGGGAAGCAGGGAGUAACGGCCACUCGCCCAGUGGGCAAGGGUAUACGCAAGUCAUUCUCUAACAAAAUCAUUAACUAAGAUAAGCAAGAACUUGGGGUUGCUUGAGGGUUUUUUGUUGUUAUUUGUUUUUUAGAGGAAAAUUUGAGGAAGACUGUGCAAAACAACUUUAAUGCAGACAAAAAAGCAAGAUUGCACAAUGAACCAAAGUACUGCUGACAAUCUCUUUAGCUCUUAGAUGAGGCACAAGUCAGAAGUAUAGCUACAACAUACAACAAGUCAACAGCUCAAGUGUUACUCAAGUGGGCUCUUCAACAUAAUGUAGGUAGGUAUGAUAAUUAUAGUUAUUAGUGAGUGUGUAAUCAGCAUGCAGCUCUCCUCUGAACUCCUUCCACCAGUUUGAUGUACUUAAAACUGAUAAUGAAUUCGAAGGAACAUCAUGUAAAUAAGCUAGUUAUGAAGUUUUUUUCCUCCUGUAUGAAAAUACGUGAUUCAUUGUUAGUAAUGUAACUGAAUUUUUCUAGAUUAUUAUUAGUGCUGUUUGUUUUAUAUUUUGAUUGUCAUAUGCAUGCUUUUGCACUACCGUAAAAUGAUGCAGUCAUGCAAAUAAAGCAAUUUAUUACUAUUACUAAUAGAGAGUUUUAGAUCCGAGUUUACCGCGAACCUCUAACGACUCUAACCGCUGGAGGUCACGUGAUAAGUCUUUCGCGUCACGUUUGAGGUUUACGACGCGCGUUUUCAACGUGGGGAGGUAGGUUUUCACGUAUGUCAUUUGCCUGAAAGCUUUUAGCGUACAAUUCUUGUUUUAUCCCACGUAAUGAUACAAAAAUCUUGUGGAGCAAGUCUUUAUCCAUUAACAGAGGCGCAAAUUCGGACGAAAUGGCUAAAUUUGAUAAAUCCUAUUGGAUCUUGAAAACAAGUGCCAUUCAUGGCUGCUGAUUCAAAAUGGCAGCCGUAAAUUUGUAAGAAGAACUACUGUAAGAAUUUACAACUUUUUGCUGCUAGAUAACCCAGUGUUACGGUAAAUUUUUUUUAUUUUCACUAAUUGAUAUUUCUUCUAUUUCUAAAUGGAAAAAUAGACCUAGAGUGGCUUCUUUAAUCCACCACCAAUCUAAAUCGAAUAAUGUUUGACCGUCGAACCGCAAACGGGUAGCCGCAAACCGCGGUUAGAGUUUCGCGGUAAACUCGGAUCUAAAACUCUCUAAUAAGAUGUGGGUGCUAGGCUGAUUGGCGUGUUCCUUAUAUGGUCUCACAAGGGCCAUUUAGAUUGCUUCUUUCACUCUCUCAUCAGGCCAAUAGACCUUUUUACUGAUACGGCGGCCAUAUUGAAUUAAUUCGAUUUAAGGAGUAUUAUAGGAUGCCCAGGGGGCAUGAGCACAUUUCGUUUGUAUUUUUGGGCAUCCUAUAAUACUCCUUAAAUCGAAUUAAUUCAAUAUGGCUGCCGUAUCGGUAAAAAGGUCUAUUGUUCAGGUUUUGCAACAGAAAUCCAUGUUUUGGUUGUUUUCCUUCAUAAGUUGGUUAUGUGUGAGCCUCAGUAGAGGUUAGUGAACAGCUCCACGCCCUGAUAAGGGUGGUGGACCAAUGAAUCUAGUACCUUUUCCACUAGAUCCUAUUGUGACAGAAUGAAUACGAUUACUUUCUGUUGUUCUCAGAAAGUAAUACUUACUGAGGGAUUAAAUUUUCGAGUGCACUUCUGGGUUUAGAGUUCUUUAUUAUAGUUAUAUAUACUUAGGUACUGUCUUUUUCAACAGGGGUGAUUCCAAAGUCUGUCCGACCCCAGCACAUAAAGGACAACUUGAGUGUUAACGACUUUCAACUCUCUGCAAAAGACAUGGCCAUCUUAAAUCACAUGAACACAAACACUCGGUUUUGCUGGGAUCCAACGGCAGUCGCGUGACAUUGUCUACACGGAAAAUUUUGGCAAAUUUGUUAACGUUGAUCAAACAAGAAAAGAAAUUUGCACGCAAGUAAUGUCCUCUUCCCUUGAUGCUCGUUCCCCGUGCUGUGCGUUAACCAAGUUAUUGGCUGCGUUGCCUGUGCACGCAGGAGUGCCACAACAAGUGAAGCCUGAGAUUUAAUGCAAUGAACUCUGAUUUAGGACGAUGUUUGUUGUUCCUUUUUGAUAAAAUGGCACGCGCUAAAUUAGUCGGAUGAACAAGGGACGUGGUUCACUUCCUCUGAUCAUUUCCAUCUGUUCCUCAAUAGUCCGCAAUACAAACGGCGCUUUCUGGGCGGACCGGGCUCAACGUAGUCCACAGAAAAAAUAUUUCUACUGCCAUAGUUGGCAAAUCCCCUCCUCACACCGAAAUGGUCAAUUCCACGCCCGCAUUUGAACUCUGUUGUGCACAAACAUCCACGUCAUGCAUUCUCUCAACGACAAACCGCUGAAAUUACCAGACAAGCUAAUAAAUAAUAAAAAAUAUAUUUAUAUAGCGCCUAUACUUUUCAGUGCUAAGUGAGGGUUCUGAAUGGGUAAAAUAAUAAAAAAAAUAAAAGACUGACAUGAUCUUAUGUGUAUACUGAGGUCUACUGGUACAGAAUAUUAUUUCUUUUAUAUCAAAAAGUAAGCACAUUUGAGCAAUUUUGUCAAAUAAUAUAGUCGAAGAUCAUGAAAGGAGAGAAAUCCCAUUCCCAUUUUAGAAAUUGUUAACCCCUUUUCCUAGUGGUUAAAUCCCAGCCCCAGUGUAGUAAAUCCCAUUUUCCCAGAACAUAAAAGGGCAAAUCUUAGUUCCCAUUUUACCCCUUCAGAACCCUCUUCUUUGUUUUCACUGAAUGGCAUGGUUACUCCUCAUCUCGUCAUGUUAUCUCAACGACGUUUCCUAGACAACUCUCUGAGAUCACACAGACUUUCUUUGAGGCCGGACUGACUCACGACACAGCUUUAG